AUGGUCCCCCAGGAGAACAGUACAGAGGUGACCGAGUUCAUUCUGGUGGGGCUGACUGACGACCCGGAACUACAGAUCCCGCUAUUCAUUCUCUUCUCGCUCAUCUACCUCAUCACUGUGGUUGGGAACCUGGGGAUGAUCAUGCUGAUCCUGCUGGACUCUCGGCUCCACACCCCCAUGUACUUGUUCCUCAGUAACCUGUCUCUGGGGGACUUCGGUUACUCCUCAGCUGUCACUCCCAAGGUGAUGGCAGGAUUCCUCACAGGAGACAAGGUCAUCUCCUACAGUGCGUGUGCCACCCAGCUCUUCUUCUUUGCAGCUUUUAUCACUGUAGAAGGUUUCCUCUUGGCUGUAAUGGCCUAUGACCGCUACGCAGCUGUGUGUAAACCCCUGCAUUACACCACCACCAUGGCGACAAGUGUGUGCGCCUCCCUGGCUGCAGGCGCCUACUUGUGCGGUUUCCUGAACGCCUCCAUUCACACUGCGAACGUUUUCAGGCUCUCCUUCUGUAGAUCCAAUGUGGUUGAUCACUUUUUCUGUGACGUUUCUCCUCUCCUGGCUCUCUCAUGCUCAGACCACUACAUCAGUGAGAUGGUUGUUUUUUUUGUGGUGGGUUUCAAUGCCCUGUUUACCGUCCUGGUCAUCUUGUCCUCCUACCUGUUCAUAUUUAUCACCAUCCUGAGGAUGCGCUCAUCUGAAGGACGGCAGAAGGCCUUUUCCACUUGUGCGUCCCACCUCACCGCCAUCUCCAUCUUCUACGGGACAGGCAUAUUCAUGUACUUACAGCCCAGCUCCGGCCGUUCUGUGGGAAUAGACAAGGUGGCGUCUGUGUUCUAUACUGUGGUCAUCCCCAUGCUGAAUCCGCUGGUCUACAGCCUCCGGAACAAGGAGGUCAAGAGUGGCUUUAAGAAGGCGGUGGGGAAGGCAAAGUGUUCAAUAGCGUUCAUGCUUUAA